AAAUAUUUUGAAAUUCAACAGAAAACUGAACAAAAAAAAUCCAAAUGUAAACAAAACACUUUCAUGAAUAUGCUGCCAGAGUCCAAGGGAAGGAGAGAGCGAGCGAGCGAACGAGAGAACCACAACAAUAACUAAAACAAAUGACCGCACAUUGAUAAGGAAUCACCAGCACCACAUUGUUUUUGCAAAGACAGACAGAGUUUUGUUUGUGUAAUCUUGAAAACAGAAAAACUAAAGCGCGCAUUUCGGACAGGAACACCUCGAGAAAAAAUAUUUCAAAAUCAUUUUCAUUUUUCAGUUGUUUAAUUGCCGAUUAGGAAAAGAGGCAACGGAGACGGAGAAAAACAAAAACAUUUUUUAAAGGUUAAAUAAAAAAGAAACCCAAAUAAAUAUUGAAAAUUCCCCAAAGAAACCAAAAAAAAAAUUUUUUUUUGAGAAAAUUGAAAGUGAAUUGAAUUCAAAAAAAAAAAAACUAAAAACAUGUAUCUACUUAUUUCAAUGCUACUGCUGGCCAGUGCUAAUAUUUCAAUAUUUGGCCUUCCCUCAAGGUCAACAUAUGGUCGUGAUCGCUUCAAUUCAAAUUCAAGAUGUGUUGAUACCGAAACGGGCCGUGAACUUUAUGUGGGUGAUUCAUUUACCAGAUCUGGCCGUUGUAUACGUGUACAGUGCUUGGAUACGCUGGAGCUGUGGGAGGAUAGAUGCCAAGUGCCCAAACUGGAGGGCAAUUGUACCCGGGUCCCCGUGGCAAAUGAAUUUCUCGACUAUCCCCGUUGCUGUCCCACCUAUGAGUGUACCAAAUAUUCGAUGGACGACAACAGUUACACCUAUGAAACACGAAUCUAUGAUCGCUAUGGACGUCUGCUCAAGGAGCAUGUGACCCAGAGUCUCCGGGUAAUGGUGGAUGCUCCAAUGCCGGUUGCCGGCCAAAAUUACCGCCAACUGGAUAGCUGGAAACGGGACUACUCAAGGCCAACGGUGGUAGGCAAUUCCAAUCGCCGGGAUAAUGGCUAUCAAAUAAACUAUAAUUGAUAUUUAACAAAAAAA